AGCCACGAGGUCUUCAUCUUGACUGUCGCUCUGCUCAUAUCUAUCAGUAUGAUCCUUGCCAAACGGGUUUCAAUUUCUUCUUUAAGAAGUGGGGUGUGUUUGUUGGCCUGUAUUGUGGUGGCUGUGUUGGUUGUGUUCUGGUUGCCGAUGAUUUCAUUCUCGAGACCAACUCCAAAAGAGAACAUGGAAACUACUCCUGUAUCAGGCGACCAAACUGAAAUCAAGUGCAAGCCUCACAGACCCGACCAGGAUGGUAUAAAGCAAAUUACUGACCAUUAUGGGCCGUUAGACCGUAUCGAGAGUAGGAAAUGUGACGACAAUCAUUACUCAGACAUCUGUGCAUUUGGAAAAACAGAAUCUAGAAACCAGGCCCUGUCGUGUGACCUCAAGGUCUGUGGCAAGUCCGAGGUUGAAAUAGCUUCUGUUGAUCCUAAAAUGGGAAAAGCCGUGACGGACUGGAAAUUGUUGCCAAAGGACCAAAUUGAUGUAACAGUUCAAAAGGCCGUCACAUCCAAUUUGGAAAGAGGAUUUAACUUUCUUUUUUUAAGAUGUGGAAGCAUUUUCCAAGUGCUCAGCUUUCCUCCUGUCUUUAGGAAAGUCGACGGCGGCAAAAAAAGAACUAAAAUCAAUUUGAAUGUGAUAUUGUUAGACUCCAUCUCCAGGCCGCAUUUUUACCGAAUUCUUCCAAGGGCUGUAAAGGCUCUGCAUAACAUUUCACAUGAUCCUAAGAUUCAAGCUACCACCUUGGACUUUGAACUUGUUCAGGGCAUAGGACAACAGACAUUUGAAAACAUAAGGCCGUUCUUCUGUGGCGUCCUCGAAGACGACAACAAAGUUACUGCCUCUUCGAAAAAUACCAGAGCUUCCCUGGGUGUGGAGGUGUUGUAUGGGACCUUCAAGAAAUGGGGCUACCAGACGUUAUUUCAAGAGGAUCUUUGUUGGUACGAUGUAUGGGGAAGCGUGUUAACAGACAUUGAAAAGAGAGCAGUGCCUCAGUCAGAUUCUGAGUUCAAGGAGAGGUGGAAGGAAUUUGAAGAAAAGGUGGCUAAGAAACAAGUUGACCAUCAGGGUAUUACACAUUUUUCAUGCACGGCGUUAGACAAAAUGCUUCGCAGGACCAAUCACUACGAUUAUCCCCAGAAAAUCUGCCUAAAUGGCAAGUUUUAUAGUUGGUAUUUCAUGGACUACAUAACAAAGGUGUACACUGCUCUGAAAAGCGACGAAAAAGCCAAACCUUUGCUAUCCUACAUGCAUUUUAAUACCGGACACGAGACUAAUGGUAAACGGAUGAUCAACAUGGACGCCAACAUGGCGAAAUUCAUCAUAAAUAUGGCCUCUUUUUCUGAUACUCUAACGUUGAUAUUAUCUGACCACGGUCACACAAGGACUCCGUUUCGUAACACAAAAGAGGGAGGAAAAGAGUUGUACGAUCCAUUAUUCUUUAUGAUUGUUCCUGAUGGCGUUAGGGAAAAACUUGGUCCACAAAGGAUGAACGCUCUAGUCACCAACCAAAAGCGCCUUUUCGUACUUAAAGAUGUACACAAAGCAUUCAUGAGUUUACAUGAUCGUCAGAAAAUGGACUCUGUGGAUUAUUCAGUGACAGGAAUUUUUUCAGAGAUUCCAGCAAACCGCACAUGCGCAGACCUCGAAAUGCUCCCCGCUGCCAAAUGUAAAUGUGAAGGUUUUGAUGAAGAAAUUGAAAUAAGAGAAAACGCAGAUGACCAAAAGUGGCUAGCAGAAUUUGCUGUGGGAUACAUCAAUAAUGCAAUACAAAGACAACACAGGGAAGGAGGUGUCAACUCAUAUGGCUAUGGAAACUGCGAACGUUUGGUUGGCAAAUCGUUUUCAAAAGUGAUCAAACGUUUCCGAGGAGAAUUUAUCAUGACGAGCAUGGACAUCCACGUGUUCCCUCCAACCGGUUACAAUGAGGAUGAAGUGUUUAGAGUAACUGUCAAACAGUUCGCUGAACCGAAAGAUGGAGUGUUUUUUCUAAAUUCCAUAAGAGUGACAACUUACGGCAAGUUUGAACUUUGUGCAGACAAGUCAGUCGAUAUUAAGCUCUGCGCAUGCGCCAAAAAUCAAAUCACUAGGAAAGAAGUGUUGUUUGAGAAUGGCGUUCCAAGCAAAAUGUUUGGUUCGACGACAGUUGUAAAGAACCUGGACUCCAACUGUUUGUUGUUCAUGAGACGAGAUUACGGGUCGUUUUCUUUUGCAUUAGAAGUAGCCAAUGUUUGCACAAAUACAACUUAUAAAUUUACGAUGACAGGUUCAACGGAUCAAAGAAUUUUCACCAAUACUUUGCCUAUCUCUCUUGAGUUACCUCCCAAAACCUUUCAUUUUCUAACAUCUGUGACCAAGUAUAUCGUGAAGGUAGAUACGGACCUUAAUCUAAAAGCAAGUAUACAGGUUCAGAACAGGGAAUCGGAUACCUUUCACAGUUUAGGAACUGUUGAAGUUUCGUAACGGUUAACAUGCUGUUAUUUGGAACAUUUGAGUUUUACCACAAUUGCAUUAAUGGUGAAAUCUGAUUGGCCACUUCGCUGUUGUCGAUAAGGGUUCAGGCAACGCUGCUCUCGUCAAAGUGUCAAGCAAUGGUCAUGCGCUGAAAGAAUCGUUUUAUUUGACGUCGAAAACUAGUGGUUUAGCGAGGUCUGUACUCUUGUUGCAGACUCACUCGGCCACAUCUCGUGAAUCCACACUAUUUUGACCACUGUGAUGACGAGUAUCGCCGUCAAUAAGAAUACAGACCAUGUUAACCCAUUGUUACAAAUUUUCUUGGAUAUGUUGAGUUUAAAAUACCGCAAAAAUAGAUAAACAUUUCAUAACUUAGUGUCAUGCACGUGUCCAAAAAUACACAGAUUUCUAGAAAUUAGUAAAAUAGUGUGGUUAUUCAAAUUUCCCUUACAAGUUGGAGGAUAUUUAAUUACGCUAGAUAUUUAUAAAUUAAAUUAUUUUAAGACUCCUUUGUGGUGAGUGUUGUUGUAGGAAAGAAUUUCAGUAUCUAUCGAAGAAUUUUGAUUAACAGAGUGAAUUGUAAUAUAUGAAUACAAAAUUUAAGUAUAGGCCGAUUGGAGUCUGGCUAAGAAUAGUUGCUCACGAUUUUAUUUUGAGGUCUAGACAAUUAUUUUACUUCAUAAAUGCCUUUAUAUCGUGCGGUUAUCAUGCUUCUUUUUUGACAGGGAGUGAGUGGGUGGGGGUCCUUUAGAUCAUAACCUCAUUUCGCUCACCACUUAGGUUUCAUCAUUUAUUUCCUAUUCACUUUGCGUUUAUUCUUCUCUGCAUAUUUCUCUCUUCCAUUUCUUGUAAACUGAACUGAGUUAAAUAAAUAA